GCGGAGUUGCAGCGAUGGGAGAUGCGCAGGAUGAGAGCGGGUGUUAAUGUGCGCCACACCGCAUCCGGCUGUCCAUGUGCGGACAGCCUGUAUCCGAUAUGAGCUCGGACUGUGAAAGUUACUACAGCAAAGAAAACGUGUUCGUGGAGGGAUUCAGGUGUCCGAAAGCGGACAGUGACACCACGGCACUUUUCUGCUGCGGGUUCAGUGACCUGAAGUACUGCUGUGAUGACCCCAACAGCUUUUUCCCAUACGAAUAUGGAUACAUGUGGUGGUUAAGUCUCGGAGCUCUCGUGGGUCUCUCUGUAGCAGCCGUGGUUCUUCUUGCCUUCAUCGUCACACUCUGUGUCCUCUGCUAUCUGUUCAUCACCACCAAACCCAGAGGUCUGGACAAUGGGCUGCCGCUCCGAGCACCAGGUUCUGCAUCAAGUCCACAGGGAGCAGAACCGAGUCACAGCAGCGCCCCCGCUGGUCCUCAAGGCCUCAGGAAGCACUUCCUGAGGGGCAAGCUGGACUGUGACAACCAGCCCCCAGAUCCUGACCGCCUUUUCCAGCGUUGUUUCAUGGCUACUGUGACAUCUAUCAACGUCGAGGGUCCUUCAUAGACUGGUGGACCUUUUGACUUUUUGUUUGUGUAUCAACAAACAAAUAUUUUUAUGGUGAUGAAUCAUAAGUCCUUAAAGAAGGAUGUUUACUGACUAUUUGCAAACAGAUCAUUUCAUGGUUUUAAUUGGCUUUGGAUGGAUGAGACCUGACCUGAGUUGUGAUACAUUUAUUAGAGCUCAUUUCCUUUGAAAUGUCCCUCAAGUCCAGAGGUUGUUAAGACUUAAUGGUCAUGCAUUUUAUGUGUCUGAAGGGCUGAAAACAACAUGCAGAAUUCAUCACUCGUUUUCAAAAGUAGAUCCUUUGAGAAAUGACCUCAAAGCACUCUCUGAAUGAUGAUUAACUGUUUGACAUUAUGGACUCAAGACAUGUUUCUGUUAAACCUGAGAGACAACAACUUUGUGGAGAGUCUGUGCCUAAACUGUGCUGUGUUCUCCAUUUAUCUGUGCCUGUUUUGGUCUCUUCUUGUUUAAUGUGCUGGCUCCGAACUUUUACAGUGUGUCUCCUUCAACAAGGUCAGAAUGCAGCAGCUAUUGUAGGCUUCUUACUGUUUUUAAAAGACAACAUCACAUCACCCCAAUCCUGGCUUCUCUCCAUUGAUCACUUUAUAGCAGAAUUGUUUUAAAUGUAAUUUUACAAUGUCAGAUGUUCUUGUUAAACAUAGCCAAAGUUUCAAAUUGUAAACGUAUUUAAAAGAAACCCCUGUGAGCAAAAACCUCAGGAUUCAAACCAUUCUGAAUAUUGUUCAACAUUGGUCCACAUGGUUUCUUUAUAUGGUCAUCUGCUCCAGGCACACCACUGCAAGUGUUUACAUAACAUACAUUGCU